AUGUUGCAAGUAACACCAAACUAUCGACUAUCCAACGCUGACAAACCUUCCAAUCACCAACCUCGGGUUCGAGAGCCGACAGUUGAUUUAAACCAUUUCAAUCCAACAGUCCAUCGUUACCAUACGGCUCAUCUUCGCGGCAGACAUGGAGUAAUAAAUUAUGAUAAUGAAACAGAAAAUAUACACUUAAAAUUUUGGACCUUACCUAAAGCCUCACCCUCAACGUAUACUGAUAAACAAGUAAUAAUAGAAGAAAAAACUCUAUAUAGCCCUACAACUACGCAUUUCAAUUCACAGACACAAGACUACACCCCGCAAGCCGAAGAAUCUAUAAGAAUAUCACCAAUAGAUCCCCGUACCUCAGCAACAUUCAAAUCAUCUACACCAACAAACAAAGAAACGAUGAUCAAUUUAAAUUCAAAGCUUUUAUCCCCAGUUAAAUCGUCCAUGACGAAUGAAGAAUUAUACGCCGUCAUUCAUAAAAGUAAAAAGAAACUCAACAUUAAAGAGACUCCUGAAAGAGCUGAAUCUCCAGCGCUAAGUACAAUAAACAUGUCGCCAGUCAUUUCCGAACCUUCGCUUUCUAAAAGAAGUCAACGCUACCCAGAAACCGGUUAUUUAGACGGUAAGAAUAGGCCCAUGAUGCCAGAUAGACAAACAUCAAGCCCUCUAGGAGUCUCAAACGUUAAAAAACAGGAAACUUGUGCCGACCGAUAUGGACCGUUACAACAAACUUCUAGAUUGGAUUUCAAAAAAUUACUACUACAACAUAGUGUUAAGCUUAAUACGCUUAAUGUUCAAAAUAAAUCAACCAAGCUGUCUGCUGUAGAACAACUUAAAAUUUCUAAAGAAAAAAAUCAAAUCCCACAGACGCCUCCAGGAAAUAGGUCACAAAUUAAUAUUCUAGAUUUAAGUGGAUCACCAAAAACAUACAAUCACAGGAAAACUGCUAAAUCAAAUAAUCAACCGCUGUCACCGGGACGAACCAGCGGGCUGAAAGAUCACAAAACCACAACUAAAAUACUUUUAUCACCUAAAUCACAAUGGCGUUUUGCAAGUCCUAGAUCUGAUGUACUCUCUACUCCUAUACCCGAAGCGAACAACGAAGAUGAAAUAUCGAACAGUUCUGGAGAAAAAUGCGAAAUAUCUCCUAAAAGCCCACCGUCGAAUACAGUUCCUAUUAUGACUAAUCAACAUUUCGGAGCACGAAGAUCUCUCAUACCGCUAUAUGAGCACAAACUGGAUGAAGAACGGGACACUUCUUCCUUACAUCACGGCGUUUUUCCUAUUAAUUCGGAUUUCUCAAAUUCACAUAGUUUAUCUAGAUCAGAAAUCACACAAGCAAAAAGAGCUGAGUUUUUUAAAAGCCCUCAUGAAACGCCACCAUCACUAUCGUCCUUUAAAAAUUCUUCAAAUUCAGGAUUAGGUUUAAGAAAUAAAACAUCUCCAGAAAAAGAGAAAUCCUCGCCAAGUACUUUAGAAACGGCUUUA